AAUACAAACACAUUAACCCUUGUUGUUCCACACAAACUUUCACUCCCCCUUCUCCAUGGACACCCAACUUGACUACAAAACUCAAAGACCAAACCCCACUUCCCCAACGGCCUUGAAGCUCUUUGGUUUCAGCGUCCACGAAGACAUCACCAUGGAAGACGAGGUCGUCAUGCAUGAUGACGGGGAAGACACACCCUCCAAGGCCACUUCCACCUCCACCUCCCCUUCCCCAUCUCACUCGCCGGAAUCCGCCGCAGCCGGUGCCGCCGACGGACCUCCUUCCUCCGCCGACCGGAAAUACGAGUGCCAAUACUGCUGCCGAGAGUUCGCAAAUUCACAAGCACUUGGCGGCCACCAGAACGCGCACAAGAAAGAGCGUCAACAGCUCAAGCGUGCGCAGUUGCAAGCAACCCGAAACGCCGCCGUUUCGUUCGUGCGAAACCCGAUGAUCUCGGCCUUCGCCCCUCCGCCGCACCUGCUGGCUCCGCCGGGGACCGUGGUGGUCCCGGCGGCCCCGUCCUCGUGGGUGUACGUGCCGCCACGUGCCGCGCCUCCUCCCUUCCACGUGUCAGUGUCGCACGGUUGCGCCUUCCCGUCGGCGAAUGCGUUGAGUAGUAUUAACAGUAACAGUAAUAAUAAUAAUAAUAAUAAUAAUAAUAAUAAUAAUAAUAGCAACGUGGGUGUGAAACCAGUGGGUGCAGGGAUGUUCCCCUGUGUUGGCGUUGUAGGGGAUUCCUCAUUAGCUUUGUCAACGGUGCAGGUUCAGGCCCGGGCCCACCAUGCUAGGAUUGAUGGGCCCUCUUUGAGUAGGUUCUCCAAAGGGGACGGUGGGCCCAAGUUUGAUGAUGCAUGGGGCUUGGACUUGCACCUUAGCCUCGCUCCAGCUGCGCCCUCUUCUCUCUAACCGGCUCGGCUCAGCUUGAAAUUAAGUGAGUGUAACCGUCUCUUUGUUCAGGCUUCACGCGCCCUACAUAUGCCUCUUUCACCUUCAUAUAUUGUACAUUUUUCAUAUUUAAUUGCUAUUUUUUCAAACUAAUUAUUUCACUUACUACGCAUAUAUACAACUGCUCAUA